ACGUUCAUUUACUUAUCGCCAAAAAGAGUGAAGAAGCCACCCAAACAAAAACAUAGAAACACAAAUAUAAAAAAGUGUGAUAUAGUGCAUGCAAUGCAAAUAUGCAAUGGUUGAAUUGAACCCCUUGACUUUGUCUUUAGUCCCCUUUCCCUUCACUUUCUCUGUUCCUUUACUUACUCCACCAAAAGCCCCCCAUAACACACGCUCACAACCUUACCAUGUCCAAUGAUCGAAGACCUUCCACAAGUCAUGCCACACAAGACACUGAUGCUGAUCAUGAUCAUGAUCAUGAUCAUGAACAACACAUAAGAGAAAUCCAUGCCUUAACUCCACCACCACACAGAAGAGAACCACCCAUUUGGGAAACACAAACACAACCAAAUAGCCUUAGCCAGCACUCAUCUUCUGUGUCCAUAGCCAACACAGAAGCUGCUUCAACUGAGAACUUCACAAGCAUGAGUAGAGAGUUCAGUGCUCUUGUUCUUGCAGGCUCAAGUAUUGACCAUAACAACACCAACACCACAAGUCCCUUGAACAUGAUGAUGAAUGAAGGAGGAGUUGAUAGUAACAACAACAACAACAACUUGGGUAGGAUUGGAGAAGAUGAGUUGUUGAUGAUAGAAGAGACUAACCCUUUGGCUAUUGUGCCAGAUAGCAACCCUUUGGAGCCAGUUUCUUCUUCUCCAAGGCGUGGUGGAGGGCCUUCUUCUUCUUCUUCUUCAGCGAUGGGCACUAUUAGUGCUCAGAGUGAGGUCACAGUGCAGAGGGUGAGGAAGGAAGAGGUUGAGGCAAAGAUAGGGGCUUGGCAGAACGCUAAGGUUGCUAAGAUCAAUAACAGGUUCAAAAGGGAAGAUGCUGUUAUCAAUGGAUGGGAGAAUGAGCAGGUUCACAAAGCUACUUCUUGGAUGAAGAAAGUUGAGAGGAAGCUGGAGGAGAAAAGGGCAAAAGCGCUGGAGAAAAUGCAAAAUGAGGUAGCAAAAGCUCAUAGAAAAGCUGAGGAGAGAAGGGCAUCAGCAGAGGCUAAAAGGGGAACUAAAGUUGCCAGGGUUCUUGAGAUUGCCAACCUUAUGAGAGCAGUUGGAAGAGCACCUACCAAAAGAUCUUUCUUUUAAGCUGAAUAAUUAAUAUGUUAUGUUUUCAAAUCCCAUUUGAACCACAUUUGUAGACAAAAUGACCAAAAAGAGAGAGACAGAAAAAGAGAAAAGAUUAUGGGCAUAAUAGAAGACAUAUAGUCUAAUGAGAGCCCCUUUUCCUUUUAAAAUUAACUUAAAGGGUUAAAGAGGGCUUGCAAUG